AUGGUAACGUCAGCCUCGGAGGCGGCAGUGACGGUGGCCUUUCCUUGAGGAAGAGUGAGGGUUCCAACUUUCCUGCUGAUCUGGGAGGUGUUGGGCGCGGAGGGUCGAGAUGUCAGAGAAAAAGCAACCCGUAGACUUAGGUCUCUUAGAGGAAGACGACGAGUUUGAAGAGUUCCCGGCCGAAGACUGGGCUGGCUUAGAUGAAGAUGAAGAUGCACAUGUCUGGGAGGAUAAUUGGGAUGAUGACAAUGUAGAGGAUGAUUUCUCUAAUCAGUUACGAGCUGAACUAGAGAAACAUGGUUAUAAGAUGGAGACUUCAUAGCAUCCAGAAGAAGCGUUGAAGUACCCUAAACCUGACCUGCUUAAUAAGUUCUAGGAUAGAGAACCCAGGAUGGGACACUAAAAAAAUGUGUUUAUUUCAUUAUCUGCUUGGAUUUAUUUGUGUUUUUGUAACACAAAGAAUAAAUGUUUUGAUAUAAAAAAA